AAACAAGAUAUUGAAACAGAACCUUCUGAUGAUGAGGAGAAAAUAUUAGAUCAAAUGGAAGAUGAUAAUGAUCAACAACAAGAUGCUUCCGAGAAAAGCCAUCAUGAUGAUCAAGAUAAAUUAUCAGAAGAGUUUGAACAUGUAUCCGAUAAUGAACAUGAUGAGAAUGAUUCCUAUAGUAAUUCUGAGGAGGAAAAGGCAAAAUCAAAGAAGAGAAAAAGAAACUCUUUAAAGAAUGGAAAGAAGCAAAAGAAUCUAAUAGAAUAUGCUGUUCAAAAGUUGGAUGAAGCUAAUAGGAUUACCUUACAAAAAUUGAAACAGAAUCUAAUCACUAGUGCUAGUGAACAAGUAAUUGGAACAAUAUUUGAUGGUGAUGUCCACAGAUUAAAGACUGACAUUUCCAAAGCAUUGAAUUCAAGUGUAUAUUGCAAAAAUUUAAUCAGCUUGCGAGUUUUCAUUCAACUUUCCAAAGAACUUGCCAGUAACAGACAAUUGAAAAAGAAAGAUGCCUUCCACAAGUUUGCCCCUUCCGUAGGUGUUUCCAAAAUGACCAAGCUUUUCCACCUUGGAAAUUUGUUAGAUAAAUUCCCAAUUUUGAUUGGUGUAAAGUUGGACUGGUCAAUCGUUGGAGUUAAAAAGCAUUACAAUGCUAUUAGGCAAGCCUUUGAAGAGAAGGAGGAAACACCAGCUGAAUCUGGCAAAUUUUGGAAUGAACUCACUCAUGGAUAUGUCACUAGAAUUGAUCAAUCUCCAAAACAAAUCCAAACACCCAUUACUAAGGGUACUGCUGUUGCUGCUGCUGUUGUGAAGAAAUUUAAGGUUCCUUUCAAGAAUAAAAAAUAA